AUGGCUGCUGCAAGGGACUGGGCGCCGCGCUGGGAUCCAGUGGGCGGGGGAGCGCGUUCGGUGGAGGAGAAGAAGAGGCAGCACCUGCCGACUGCGCCGCCGCAUGGAGGGGGUUGGUGGGCUCACCGCGCUUUCGUGUGGGGAGCAGUGGAGCCACGCCGCCGCGUGCCGGCCGGUCGGUGGCCUCGCCGCGCUGCCGCGUGGGGGGAAACCGAGCAGGGGAGCUACGCCGCCGCGUGCCGGCCGGCCGACGAGUGCCAUCCGAGAGAUGACCGAGCACUCGCUGCUAGCAGCCCCACCGUAGAGGGAGGGUAUUGUGUGUGCCGCCGCCGCCGGUUGAGCGGGAGGGGCCGAGCAUCUCCCGUUGCAACGCCCUGCGCCGCCGUUGCCCGUGCACGCCCUGUGCCGCCGUCGACGCCCACCUCCGUCCCUGCCCCAGCCAGCGAGCCACCGCCGAACCGUGGGCGGCCACCGCCCACGAAGCCUCGGGCCUUGGCCGGAACCCUAGGGCCCGCUCAUCCUUCGUCCAAGGUUGGCCGACGAGGAGCAGCCGCAUCCCGUCGAGCAGCAGCAGCAACCGGAGGACGCCUCGUACAUCCAGCUCGACGCUUCGCCCUCUGCAUCUGCCUGAGGACUACGUCGCCAGGACCCGCGCACCUUCCUUCAUUCCGUCGACCCGCGAGUCAAGCUGGAUUGCUACCGUCAGAGGCCGCAACAAGGACAUCGCCCAUCCUGAUCCUACAGCAAUGCGGCUGCUCUCAGGACCUAAAGACCCGAAUCGAAACAGCAGGCCAGCGACGACAAGUUCCCCAUAACACAACUUGUGCAGCGCCCAAAACACAACGCAUGACUCCAUUAUUCUGCUUUGCUUAUACAAAAAUCAAGUAUGUUCUGUGACAUAGUUUAUUAGGAAAUGUGAAAAAUAUUUGAGCUAUUAUUGGACAUCAGCACCCAAAGCUAGCAGCUGCACACUUGUAGUUACUUACUGUUUUUUAGUGAUCUAACAGAGUUUUUUUAGCUGGCAGUAGGUCACCAUUCUUCUAAUUGCUUCUUGGAGAUGAUUAGAUGAAUACAUGUUCAUAUCUUUUCUUUGGAGAUGGAAAUGUUUACGUGUUCAGAUCUGCAACCUCCUUUUUCCAUUCCCACAUUUCCACUUGUACAUUGUAGCUUUUAAGUUCGAGCAGGAUAUCUAGGCAAAUUUAGACUAUGUGAUGAGCUGAUGAGAUUGCUUUGGCCUUUGGGAACUCGUAUGAAACGUUUAGCGAACUAAUAUGUCCGAGGUGGCAAUAUUGACCCUUGCAGUCUGCUGCAUUGUAGUUUCGACUACAAACAUUUAUGUAGGCUAAUCUGUGAGAACCGUUAAGUGAAAUUGCAAUUGCGCGAACAAUUUCAGAUGUAUUUUUUUUUUAAUAUAUGGGUUGUCAAUUACAACCCAAAGAGUGCUUUAGUGUAUCGUGUCUUCCCACUGAUGGGACUUUGCAUGGCAAGCUGACCCACGCCUGCCUCCAGGCCACUCGCCAGAGCUCGGGUGUAGCGGUGGCCGCGCGUGGCUUCGUCGAGCCGCCCUGCACUGGCGCUCAGGCGUCCCGGCAGUCACGAGCGGCAAGGGAACGUGCGCGAGGCCUGUUACGUAUACUCGACGUGCUCGCCCGUGAUGUGACCCUGAUGCGUGCUCUCAUGAACAACUACAUCGCCGAAGUUGUCAAUGUUUAUUUUUUGUAAAUAAAUUAAUCAUUUAUUGUGCAAUAGUGAUUUAGAUGCCUUCGUCUUUCUGCAAUUCAUGUCUGCAUGGAACAAUGGAAAACUCAUAACAAUCUCCACGGUGACCACAAUUCUUUUAUGUGCGUGGUCAUAUAUAAUUUUUUCUAUAUAGGACGCGCUUUUUCUA